ACUUGGCAAUCGCACAAAUGCUAAUGCUAUUCUCCCUUUACUGUGAUAUGUGUGAUGUCUUCAUAGAAGCCCAAGGAGGACUUCAAGCAAUUGACGUUCUAGCUAGUUUAUUACUAGUGUUCUUAUUGCAAUUUGUUCUACUUGUAAUGUCAAAAAUUAUCUGUAAUGCAGAUAAUAAUUCAAAUUUAUUGAUUCCAAUGAUAUUUUGUGGCACACAUAAAUCCGUAACAUUAGGAUUCCCUAUUAUGCAAACAAUGUUUGGCGGGUUGUCACAUCAUAUGUUCUUCAGUCUACUUUAUUACUUUACUAUGCAACGCAAAUGUUUAUGGCCAUGUUAUUGA